AACAGUUAGAAGACUAAUCCGAAAGAGGAAGAAGUAUCUGUAUAUAUUGGCUAGCAAAUGUGCCCUGCCCUCUUGCCUCUUGAAAUAGCAAUAGCACAACUUUUCAAAGAAGUUUGCCUAAGGAGCAGCCGCUCUGUGAAUGACGUGCACUUUUAGGACCCUCCAGGGUAUCCAUAUUUACCAACGAAGAUUAGCUCUCCAAGGGACUGGUGGAUCGAACUUACUGAAGUCUUGGAGCUUACUUCUAAGAGCAAAUGCAAAAGGACCCUAAACUGUGAACCUCGCAGUUAGCAGCUUGGGCUUCCUCAGAUAUCACCCCACAAAAAGCACUGACCACCGUAAGAGGGAAGAUUUAUAAAGUGUACUGCUGUGACAGAUAGAGGCACCAAGCAGAUAUUUCUAGAGAACAUGGAUGGAACCGGAAAUCUGACAGUAUCUUCUGCCAGCAAUAACACAUGCCAUGACACUAUUGAUGACUUCCGCAAUCAAGUGUAUUCUACCUUGUACUCUAUGAUCUCUGUUGUAGGUUUAUUUGGAAAUGGCUUUGUGCUCUAUGUUCUCAUAAAAACAUAUCAUGAGAAGUCAGCUUUCCAAAUAUACAUGAUUAAUUUAGCAAUAGCAGAUCUACUGUGUGUGUGCACACUGCCUCUUCGUGUGGUCUAUUAUGUUCACAAAGGCAUUUGGCUCUUUGGUGACUUUUUGUGCCGCCUCAGCACCUAUGCCCUGUAUGUUAACCUCUAUUGUAGCAUCUUCUUUAUGACAGCCAUGAGCUUUUUCCGGUGUGUUGCAAUUGUUUUCCCAGUUCAGAACAUUAAUUUGGUUACACAGAAAAAAGCCAGGUUUGUAUGUGUCGGCAUUUGGAUUUUUGUAAUUUUGAUCAGUUCUCCAUUUUUAAUGACCAAGACUUACAAAGAUGAGAAAAACAAUACCAAAUGCUUUGAGCCUCCACAAGACAAUCAAGCUAAAAAUCAUAUUUUGAUUUUGCAUUAUGUUUCAUUGCUUAUUGGCUUCAUCAUUCCUUUUCUUAUUAUAAUUGUCUGUUACACAAUGAUCAUUUUGGCCUUACUAAAAAAUUCAAUGAAAAAAAAUCUGUCAAGUCGUAAAAAAGCUAUAGGAAUGAUCAUAGUCGUGACAGCAGCCUUUUUAAUCAGCUUCAUGCCAUAUCAUAUUCAACGUACCAUCCAUCUUCAUUUUUUACACAAUGAAACUAAACCCUGUGAUUCCGUCCUUAGAAUGCAGAAGUCAGUGGUCAUAACCUUGUCUUUGGCUGCAUCAAAUUGUUGCUUUGACCCUCUCCUGUAUUUCUUUUCAGGGGGAAACUUUAGGAGAAGGCUGUCUACAUUUAGAAAGCAUUCUUUGUCCAGCAUGACUUAUGUACCCAAGAAGGCUUCCUUGCCAGAAAGAGGAGAAGAUAUAUAUAAAGAAUAAUAUAAACCCAUUUCCAGUACAAAUCAAUGAAAUAACUUUCCAAACAAGUUUUCUCAAAUUAUUUACAAUAAAAAAUGUCAUUAAUAAUUUACAAGUACUUAA